AGCAGAGUGACGCGAAGUGAACUCGUCCGCGACGAGUUCCGCGUGCCGAGAGGCUGAUGGCCUCACAAGAGAAGGAUGGCCAGAGCCGAUUGAAGAAGCUUCAAAAGGUCAUCAAAGAUGCCUUCAGCUGUUUUGACAAGCAGCAGAAAUGGGUCAUCGAGCAAGACGAGGUGGGAGUGGUGAUGCGAUAUCUGGGGCAGUUUCCCAGCGAGUCCGAUCUGAAAGAGACCAUCAUCCCAGAACUUCUGGAAGAAGAUCCCUCGAAAGAUGGCAUGGUGUCUUUCGAAGCCUUCGAGAGGCUCAUGCUGAGGUGCCUUAGUGACCACACCUAUGACCCUGAUGAUUCGGAGACGCUGCUUGCAGCAUUUCGAGUAUUAGACCCUCAAGGUCAUGGCUAUAUCGACUCCAACUUGAUGCAUGAAUGGUUGUCUACCAAGGGUGGCAAGGCCAGUGACUUCUUCAAGGAAAGAGAAACCUCCGAUUUCUUGGAGUACGCCAAGGACAAGGACAGCUCUGAUUCCAGUCGCAUCUACUACGAGGACUAUGUAGCCAAGCUCAACGCGGACAUCGAGAAGCACCUGGAAAGUCUAUACCAGGCUGCUCGGGGUUCCAAUGCCCGGAGCCAAUGAGGAAGCAAGCUCUCUACAAAGGUAGCAGAGCUUGGUCUGAACAGACCUGAAAAUCACCUGAUUUUCUCAACAUCUCCCAAAAAUCAAAUCAGCUAGACAUCUCU